AUGCACUACUCCGCGGUUGGGCCUUCCACCUUACAGAUCGACCUUGAUACGCGGCACGACGAACUCGCUGCUCGGGGAUGCGCAAGUCCACGGCUCGAGGGAACGAUGAGGUCGGGGACGCGCAAGUCCACAGCUCAGGGGCAUGACAAGUCCACGACUCAGGAUGCACAAACUCGCAUCUCUAGGACGUUCCAAUCCGCGGUUUGA